AGCGAGAUUAGUGAUUCUUUUCUCAGCGUCUGGCUCAGUGACACUUGGGACUGGUCGUGAGAACAGCAACAGUUUACUUUUAAGGUGAAAUUUUUGUUCAUAGUUGCUGAAUAUAUUGUGGAAUUCUGGCCAAGAGGACAGGAACAGUUCUUUGUGACACUUUGGACUGGUCAAAGAAACAGCAGAAGGUAAAAGUGACACUUGGGACUGCUCGAGGGAACAGCCCAAGGCAUAAGUGACACUUGGGGUUGGUCACAGGAACAGCAGAAGGUAAAAGUGACACUUGGGACUGCUCGAGGGAACAGCCCAAGGCAUAAGUGACACUUGGAACUGGUCACAGGAACAGCAGCAGUUUACAGUGACAUAGGACUUGUCAAGAGAACAGCAGAAGGUAAAAGUGACACUUGGGAAUAGUCGAGAGAACAUCAACAGCUCACUUUUAAGUGGACUUCAAGACUGGCAAAGGCAGAGAUGAUUUUGCUCAAAGUAAACAUCCUCUGCCUUCUUCUUCUUGCAUUAUCCGAUAACUACACCAGCUACGUCCUAGAAGACCAGGGCUACAAUCCGUACACCCACGGGGCACUCCUCUUUCAAAACGUCCGCCCCAGGGGAUACCCAGAUCCUAGGAAGGAUGAUAAGGAUAACAAAGAUGCUGGUCAAGACCUGCAUCCUACAGGUGUCCUAGAGGAGCAUUCGGGGAUUCACCAAGGACUUCCUGGAGGCCAGAGAGGAACUAAGGGUUCCGACAAGAGACUCGGAGCAGAUGUCAUGUCGUCUCUGGACAGUAUCCUCAAAGGUCACUGGUCAAACUUGGGGUCAAAGACUGGAACGCAAGGCCUGGAAGUACGAAAUAACACAGUCCUAUGGGAUUUGCUCCUGUUCGUAAUGAGGGCAGAUCUCUAUCUACCUUCCAGGAACAGGUCGAUAGUGCAGAAUGAACAGUGCGUCGCAGAUGUAGAAGCCAUCUACGAACCUCAGACAGAGGAUCAGUGGACAGUAGCUUUCAAAAUGAUAGACAGCUGGGGCAAGUUGCCCGAUGGGCUGCUUUGGGGCAACUCUCAGCCCCUUGGGGCGUUCGACGAGUGUCUUUCCCUUCGUUUGAGCAACAACGCCACCACCUCGAAAGCCGGUGGUGUGUCCGCUGGAGGCUACAAGGGAAUGUACUGCACUUUAUUCUUGCAGAAUGGAGCGGAACAGGUGAAUCUGACGGAGGUAGGGAUGCCGGGAUUGGUGGUGUCUGGGUACCCUUCAUCUUCUGCCUGGUAUGGAACUUGCAUCCCUUCUUCGUGUACGCAGGAUGACCUCCUCGAUAGCCUGAACGUAGGCCUAGCGAAAAACGACAAGUCAGUCCAAGUUCAUUGCCAGACUGAUGACCCUCGACCUGUCGAAUUUACACCUGGGCUUAUUUUCAUGAUAUUUCUUCUGUCCCUCUUCGGGUUCUUACUUUUAGCUGGGGCAGCAGUAGACACUUGGAUCGACUUCACUGGGAAGACUGAGAUGCGACAAGGUCCCCUGAAGUACUUGCUGGCGUUUUCUCUCACGACGAACCUGCAGAAGAUGUUUAACAUCAACACGGCUGAGAAUAAGGAGGCGAUCACCUGCCUUUAUGGGAUGAGGGUGCUAUCAAUGACGUGGGUCGUCUGGUGCCACCAGUAUUCGGUUACCUUCUUAAUGGAUGGCAACAAAUUAUCCUACGUUAAUAUUUUCAACGGACAUUUGCUCACCCAAGUGAUAUUGAAUGGAUACCCAUCUGUAGACAGCUUCUUCUUCAUGAGUGGCCUCCUGGUAGCCUACAACGUUCUGAAGGAAAAGAAACGUGCUGGAAAGGUCAAUCUCUUCGUCUUCUACGUCCACAGAUAUAUCAGGUUGGCGGUUCCCAUCCUGAUUCUGUGCGGAUUUCUGGCCACUUUCAGCGAUUACUUAGCCCACGGACCCUACGUCUACAUCGCGGAGGGACCGUAUUUCUUACAUGAUGCCUGCCAGAAGUACUGGUGGAGAGAUGCUCUCUUCAUCACAAACUUCUACAUCAAUACAGGCACCCCAGUGUCGUGUCUGGAUGUCUGCUGGUACACGGCCGUUGAUUUUCAGCUGUACCUCAUUGCCCCUUUGAUUCUGUUUCCGUUCUUGUGGGAAGAAUGGUUUCGGGCUGACAGGAGGAAACUCAAUAAAGUAGGUAUGGUCUGGCUUGGUGUCGUGGUGUUCUUCUCAGUCUUCAUCCCCGGGAUCAUUACUGGACUCGACGAGUUACCUCCUACUGCAAUAGUGAGUUCACCGGACCAGGAAAAGAAUUUCAAACUUACGAAGGAAGUGUAUCAGGCCGCCCAUUGCAGAGCGCAGCCCUACCUGGCCGGGAUGGUGCUCGGAAUCCUUUUCCGAAGAGACGGCAAGAGGAAACUUAAGUUGGAAAUGUGGCAAGUCAUCCUUGGAUGGUUGUUGGCAACGGUGGCCGGAUUAGCCGUUGUUUUCGGCAUGUAUAACUAUAACCAGUUUAACCAGUACCCUGGUUACAACUGGGCAGACAGCAUAUUCUACGCUUCACUCCACCGACUGGCGUGGGGUCUGGCUCUGGCCUGGGUGGUCUUCGCAUGUCAUUAUGGAUACGGAGGUGCUGUGAAUGGCUUCUUAUCCCACCCCUCCUGGCAACCUGUCAGUCGACUGACCUAUUGUAUGUUCCUGGUGGCUCUUCCAGUCCAGACCAUCAUCUAUAUUUACUGUCACUUCUAUCCUACUCAUUUUUCACACCUGGACAAGAUCUUGCAAGCAGUCGGGGCUCUGUUCAUCUCUGGCAUAGGAGCAGUUCUGCUCUCUCUCUGCUCCGAAGCACCUGUGAUGAAUCUAGAAAAAUUCCUCUUGAGGAGAGAGAGACAGAAGAGUUGAAGAGUUGAUUUCGCAACUGAGCCGGUUUGCAAGUUGAGGAACUUGAGUGUAUUCAUUCGUAGUGUAAGAUAAGUUGUUCCGUUUAGAUAUUAUGUGACUUCGGGUAUUUUCAAUUUUGGUUUUGGGAUCUUGAGAGAAGUUCUCGGUGAAAGUUUCAAGAUAUUUCAGAGGGUAAGCUCAGUUUCAGUCCAGCUUUCUAUCAGAAUGUAUUUCGAUAUUGAGUUGAUUCAUAAAUUCUAUGAGGUUCUCAGUGAGAUUUUUAAGAUACUUCAGAAGUUAGCCUCAGUUUCAGAUAGCUUUUAUAUCACAAUGUAUUUUGAUACUGAAUUGAUUCAUAACUUCUAUGAGGUUCUCUGCGAAGUUUUAAGGUUACUUGAAAAGGUAACAAUCAAUUUAGUCCUACACUGUAUUUUGAUGUAUUUGGUGGUGAUGUAAUUCACACAUUUUAUGAGGUUCUCAGUGAAAUUUACUGAGACUGCAGAAGUUGAUCCUAGUUUCAUUCCAGCAAUGUAUUAGGCAUUUUGACAGUGAUGUUAUUCAUAAAUUUUACGUAUGAAAUGACUAAGCUUUCAACUAAUUGAAUAUGGAUACAGUAUACAGAGAGGAAAUAUGUUAGAAAAAUUAUAACUGAAGAUCAUUGUCUCAGAAAUAAUUCAUAUUCUUUUUUUAAAACUCGAAAAAGUUUAUAUUUACUUCAGUAACGAAAACAAUACUUAACUAGUAUCUCGGAACUCUGCUACAUAAGCGUUACUGUUAAUUGUAUUUCAGACAGUCUUCCAACAUCCAACUGCUAAUAAUAUGACAAAUGAUACAGUGCGAAAUAAUUCUUUAUAGCGGAGGUGAGUAGACAGUUUAAAAAGCCUAGUAUUUGAGGAAACUGUCGAAUUUGGUGCUGAAAUGAAUUUUGAGAAAAUUAUAAUGCAAUGAAGAAAAUGUCGUUUAAAUGGGAAUUUAUGACUUUUUUAAAUCAAUCUUAUGUGGGAUGAAAUUUAAAGACAUAAGGUUUUAGCUACCGAUAGAAUUUUUCUUUUAUCUUUGAUACUUUUGGAGAUAUUAGCACUUGAAUACCGUUAGGGCUGCAUCAGGUCUAGCCGAGUCAGGUUGGGCCAGGUUGGGUCAGGCUGGGUCAGGUUGGGCCAGGUCAGGUUGGAUUGGGUCAGGCCAGGUCGGGGUGGGGUGGGUUGGGUCGGGCCGGGUUGGGUCAGGUCAGGCUGGGCUGGAUCAGGUCGGGCCGAGUCACAGGCCAGGCUGAGUCCGGCCGGGUUGGGUGGGGUCGGGCUGGGCCAGGUGGGGUUGGAUCAGGUCAGGUUGGGCCAGGUUAGGUUAGAUCAGGUCGGGUCAGGUCAGGGUGGGACAGGUUGGGUCGGGUCAGGCCGAACCGGUCCAGGUCAGGCCGGGUUGGGUCAAGUUGGAUCGGGUCAGGCUGGGCCGGGCCGGGUAAGGUCAGGCUGGGCAGGGUAGGGUCGGGCUGGGUUGGGUGGGGUCGGGCCGGGCCGCCAGAAAUGAGCUCGUUCCCAUUAAUGACUUCACUUAGCUCGUAAUAAUAAAUCUUACAGCCAUUUUCUGUACAAUUACUCUCAAUAAUAUCAACUCUAUUCCUCAUCCUAUAUUAGUUUAAAGCAGUGGUUCUUAACCUGGAAAUUACUGGGCCGGGGGGGGAGGGUGGCGGAAUUCUCCAAUUAUAUUCGUUAUCCUCUUAGCGAGAGUGAGGAACCAACAUUUUUCAAAAGUUUAUGAAUAAAUGCAAAUGUAUUGCCUCCUAAUGUUAGCUUCCUAUAGCCUGCUACUCUGGUUAGACUAGUUGGGCUUGAAAUGUUUCGUAACUAUUGACCUCCCUUCCUAUCCCUUGGUACCCCUUCUCUUUCUCAUCUUUUCCCUAAUUUUUCUUUAAAUCUUAAAGGGGGCGUGGCAAUAAUAAAAACGUUAAGAACCACUGGUUUAAAAGGGGUCACGGAUGGGUCCCAAAUCUAACCAUUCACUUCGUACCUGUUUUACUCCUGAAAAUAAAUAUCUAAUGCUGUAAUGUAUCUUGUUAACCAAGAAUUACACUCUCACAUCUUCACAAACAUCAUGCUGUAUGGUAGAGUUUGGUCGUCUUCUGAAAUAUUACUGUAAUAAAAUCAGAUGAAUCUUAAUUAUUCUCAGUUGAAUAAAACACGCAUAUU